AUUUGGGUAAAUAGUUUGACUUUUAAAAGGGGGAGUACUCUAAUUGAAGUACCUUACAGCCAUUGUAAAUAAAAAUCAUUUUGAAAAUUUUACGAAAGUAACAAGUAAUGGAGGUUCUACCUCUCCAUAAACAUAAAGAGUAUUUAGAAACAUGUAUUGAAAUAUUAAAUGAAUUUUGGCCUAGAUCGAAGUCUGCGAGGUAAUACGAAUAUACUUUCAUUUAAAUAUGUCUAGCCUGGAUUAGAGUUAGAGUUAGUGAGUACUUGACUUAAGUUUAGUCUUAUUAAGUCUUAGUUUAGAGUUUAGUCUUAGUACUUAGAUUUAGACAUGAAAAAAGAAGGUAAGGUGCAAGGCCCGGCUUAGGCGGAUUUAAAUUAAAGCAGGCUAUCAAUAACUAUAAUAAAGUAAUUUAAUUUAAUUUUUAGGCCCCUUUUUAGACUAAGUCAGUGAAUAUGUGACUAAUGUAAGAGUUCUUACUUCUUAGUAUUAAAAGAUUAUGAUAGGUUUAGUCAGUUUAGACUAAAGUUUAGAGGUCAGUAGUCCUGAGUAGGUGGGAUUAGCGGUUGAAUAAUCCCCUCACAAUAAUAAAUAACAGUGAAUACUGCCUACGAUAGCCAUUCAUUUGACAACUUAUUUAAACCAACAGAUUAAUAUUGAUAGAUACACAAAUCCGUAAAAUAAUGUCAAACUAUUUUCAAUGUUUUGACAACCCUCCCCCAUUUUUACAAAUUUGUCACAUAAUUUUAGACACCCUCUCACAAAUUUGUAACCCCUUCCCACCACCCUUUCUGGAUGCAUGAUGUCGUGUGGGUGUCACAAAAGUUAAAUUUUUUCUACAUCACAAUUUUUGGCCUCUUAAUUAUCCAAGCCCCUUGCUCCUGCAGCCUCAGGGGUUGCAAGUCCCAAACGAUGACUCAGGCUGACUGUAAACUAAUCUCUAUAGAAGAGAUUAAAUUAUUUGAAUUUUUGAAAAUAAAAGCAAAUCUCUCAUUCUUUCAUCAAUCAUACUUAUAAAAGAAAAAUUCCAACCGGAAGUGUGCAAAUGCAGCACAGACUUUGAGUGGCAUUGUAAAAUGUAAGCUUAUGAGUCAUUGGUUUCAUCAGUUAGAUAAUGUGGUUUAGAUAUAUUUUGUUCUCAUAUUAUAAUAUAUUUAACUCUUUCGCUGCGGAAUUUUUUUAUCAAAAAAAUGUACAUUUUUUUCGAAGAGCGGAAAAAGAGUGAGAGGUUGGGUUUUUAAAAAAAAUAUUUAAAAUAUUAUUCUUUGGUUUAUAAGUCUAAACUUAGUGUCAAAUGAAAGGUAAUUAAAAGGACUAUAUAUUUGUACACUAGUUUCUACAGUUUAAAAAAAAAAAGUUACACGAAAGAACCAUAAAAUGUGAAAAUAUUUUAUGCUAAACCAUUUUUCCCCAAACCCAACAAUAUACGCAUACCUCAUCUUCAAUUCUAUAACUCAAUUCCUCUAAAACUACUACCAUCGGAAUCAUGCGAUGCAUCUAAAUAUAAAUCAUCUUCGCUGUCAAAACAAAUAUAAAACAAUUCAAAGCUUUUUUAACUGUUAAUCGUCUAGGAAACGUACCUACUAGAGCCUAGGGUAGCCAUAGCAACAGUAAAAAAAAAAAAAAAAAAAAAAAAAAAAAAAAAAAAAAAAAAAAUAACAAAAAAAAAAAAAAAAAAUAAUCGUCAAAAUAAUGCUUCAAUUGACAAUAAAUAAGCCUUGGUUUCGAUUGUAAACAAUGAAGUACCACUCUUCUAUGUAAAAGUCUUAUUUAAAAAUAGCUCUUAAAAAGUUUAACCGAGAAAUAGCAAAGAAAGAAACAGCGCUUUGGUCCAUGCUUUUGAGAACGGCGGAAGAACGCAGUGUGCGUUGUUCCGCAUUGAAAGAGUUAAAGCUAAAACUCUUUUGGUGUAAUUCAUACAGUCUGUAAUUUAAAGGUUUUGAAUUUGUUGCACAUUAGUUUUAAACUUAUCAACAAGAGAUCUUUGUUGUAAAAUUUAAAUAUCAAUGUUUCUCUUUUAAAUUAGUAUUUAAAUUAGUAUCUCAAAUCAGUUAUGCUAUCGCUUUCCAUUUUCUGAGCUGAAUACCUUUCAGUUACAAGAUAUUUGGCUCAUUUAAGUUAUCAACUUCUAUAAAAUAUUUGGAAGUUAAAUGAUUAGUAAUAGAUGCAAGGCUCUCUAUCUGCUGCUCAAAACCAAGUUCUGUAUAAGGAGGUUUGGCAGAUAAAACCUCGGAGUAGGUCCCCUUUGUUAAGCCACAGAAAAUAAUUGUCAGAGUUUGAUGUGCAAUAAGAAGUAAAAAUACCAUGAGUUUAAAAGGUCAGGUUUCUUUAUUUAUCAGCUAUGUGUGCAAUACGGUCCAAAAAUUGCAUAUGAAAAAAAUUACUGACGUUCUGAAUAAAUACUAGUGUCUAAAAAAGGAGAAAAAAAAACUACACAUCUAUCACAAAAAAUUAUUUUAACUCCUAUCAAAAUAAUAAUAAUUUCACUUCUAUCACCACAAAAGUAUCAACUUACGUGAACCAAAUAAACACAGCUUCUAUACUAUAUAAUGUUUCCAAUCAUCACUCGGUGGCCAGAUGUGGCUGAGUUCAAUUCAUGAUUAAAGGGAACAUUAUAAUUAAUUGUUCACUCAUUUAAUUUAAAAACGUAAAACUACUGCGCAUAAUCUGACUGUGACUGUAGGUUGGGAAAAAAAAGUUUGCAUAAUUUAAUCUAAACAAAACUUAUAUGUUUAAAUUAAAAUCUGGUUAAAAAGAUUGCAUGUUAAGAAAUCAGUUUUGUAUUUUUCAGAGAACAUAGUCUGAAUCAGUCUUGUGAUGCUUUGCCAAUAUCUCUAGCUUUUGUUAGAAAGCACAAUCAUGAAGUUGAGGUUAUUGGGUACAGUAGAAUAGCAGCAGUACAAGGAAUUGCAAAUGCAUGUCUUGUUGAAUCUGGUAAUUAUUAUAAAUUAUAAGGAAAUUUAAAACUCUGUUUAAUUUUAAUGUUUAAAAAUAUAUCUAAAUGCAUGAAACGUUUUGGUAAUUUUUAAAUACAAGAAAGAAUUAAAGAUCUCUUGGUAUAAUUUAAUACCAUAGGUUAUAGUUUAAAUAAACUUGCAUUCAAAAUUCUUUAACAAUACUACACCUAAUUAUCUUUUAAUACCAACCAUAAAGAAAUCAUAUUAUGAUUUAUUACUUACCCUUAAAAUGUUAUGUUCCCACAUAGUGACAUAGUAUAAGCCAAUAGCUUACACAAAUAUAUUGAAAAGUAUUUUUUUUUUAGAAAAAGUGUCCCUUUGUUAUAAAUUAUAAUUGUAACUAUUUAAUUGUAACUAUUUAAAAGGUUUGUAAUGGGUAUACACUGGCAAAACUAAACAGGCUUAUCCUUAGAAGUUUAUGGUAUGUGAUUAAGUACUUAAGAUGUUUCUUUUACUCAUUGUAAAAAUUAUAGAAGAAUUUGAACAAUUUAUCAGAAAAUAAAUUUUCACUCCCUCCAUAAGGAUGAAGUUCAAGAAAUUUAUGGGAACUAACCAUUAUUUUACUUAUGGGCAGUGAUAGUGAGAGAAUCUCAUCGAGGUAAAGGUCUGGGCAGGAUACUUAUGCAACUAACAGAAAAUUAUGCCAAAGUCAGGUAAAGUAUCUUUGGAUCAUUUAUAACAUUCACAAUUUUGAUUGAUUUAUUUAAAUACCGUAAUAUAGAUUUGAGGAAAAAACAUUUUAAAACCAUUUUUUUUAAAAUUUAUGAUAAAAAUGAGUGGCACUGUUAAAUGUGCUUGUAAUUUUUUCUAAUCAACCUUAAUAUUAAAUUAAUAAAUGGGUGCCUUUGGCAGUUGGGUACUUUUGGUAAAUUUUAUGUCACAUUUUUAUCUAAUUAAUGUGAAAAAAUUCACUUUGUAUUACCGUAGUACAAACCAAAAGUGUUUUUUUUUUUUUAAAAAGGAAUCUGCAGAAUCAAAGGGUUAACCAUUGAUCUAUCAAUUAGGAAACUCACGUUAGAUGUUCGUAAGAGUACAAUAUAUAAUAUUGUCAAUAGAUAUUUAUAAUCAAAACUCACAGACACUGUAAAAUGUUGUUGCCACCAUGAUCAUAAUUUAUUAAAGUAAUAUUGUACUGUAACUUUAAUGAAAUAUAGGUAAAAUAAACAAGUAUUUGCUUUAAUAUGAAAAAUCUUUUGAAAAUAUAUUUUUAUCACUUCAAUAAAAAUAUGAAGGUGCAAGUUUUACUUUUAAGCUACCAUACAAAAGAAAUCCUCAAUCUUUAAGUAUUUAGAAUAAUAUUUUUAUCAAUCAUUUUUUUAAAAAUUAGGUAUGGUGUUAAAACUGUAUAUCUCAAUACACUUGACCAGGCUGGAUUUUACUCUAAAGUCGGCUACAUUAAAUGUAAACCAGUUAUUAGUCUAGGAGCUAAUGCAAAUAGGCUAUCAGAAGAAAUGGUAAGCAUUCAACAAUAAUUGGUUUUUUAAAUCUCCUACUCAAGCUAUUGAAAAAAAGAAAUUGAAAAGGUUUAGUUUGUUACUAUAAAUUUUCUUUUAUUUAUCAUCAGUAAGAAUUAUCAGCAAGUUUCCAAUUUAGAGAAAAUGUUAUUUUAUUUAAUGUAAAAAUCUAUUAUAAUUUAAUUAUUAAAUUAUUGUAUGCCAGUCAGUUUAAAACUUCCUAUAAAUAAUACCAACAUGUUUCAGGUACAAAAACUUUUAGGCUACUCAACAAUCUCACCAGACAACCAAAAUAUUCCUGUGUGUAGUGGAGAAGGAGCAAACAAAAUUCCUGAACAAAGUGUAAAGACAGACAUAAGUUCAAACUUCAGUGAUACAGUGAUUAUUAAAACUCAAGCCCCACCACCUCCUCCUCCCCCACCGCCACCUCCAUCAAAACUAGAGUUAAGUUUAAACAACAGAGCUGUAGUGAGGAUGAAUCCAGAUUCUGUUACUUGGAUGAAAAAAGACUUGUAAUUUUGGUUGAAUCACAAUCGUGUGUGCUUUUGAAUUGAAUGUGAAGUAAAUUUUAUACUUUAGUCACUUGAGCACGUUCUUUAUUGAGGAAUAAAUUGCCAGCCUCAUCGUCUCAGUCAAUUAUCCAAUUAUCUCUCAUUAUAGUUUUAUACUGAAUAUAUAUUUAUAUAUACAUAUAUAUUUUUUAUUUUUUUUAUUUUUAAGUGUGAUAAUAAUAUUUGCAAUAAAUUUAAUACUUGAAAGUUGAAUGUGUUUAAAUUAAAAGAUUUAUUUAUAUUUUUUAAAUGUGUAGAGAUAAUUUAUACUGUGUAUUGUUUUAGUGUGAAAAUUAAUACAGGACUGAACAGAAAUGGUAACUUGAACUUUAGCAGUUGAAGAGUACCAAAAGGGUCAUGUGAUUUGGGCAUUUAGUUCACAUUGUUUUUGUAAAUUGGAUUAUUCUUACAAGAUUUUAAUUAAAACCCCUUGAUCACACAUAACUU